AUGCGCCCGGCCCUGGCCCACGGACUCUGCUCGCUGCUGCUCAGCCUCUGGGUACCCAGCUCUUGCUCCAAUGAGAUCCUGGGCCUGAAGCUGCCAUCAGAGCCAGUGUUGAAUGCCAACACGGUGUGCCUGACCCUGCCGGGGCUGACACGGCGGCAGCUGGAGGUGUGUGUGCGCCACCCUGACGUCACUGCCUCGGCCAUCCAGGGCAUCCAGAUUGCCAUCCAUGAGUGCCAGCACCAGUUCCGGGACCAGCGCUGGAAUUGCUCCAGCCUUGAGACCAAGAACAAGAUUCCAUAUGAGAGCAUCAUCUUCAGCAGAGGCUUUCGGGAAAGCGCCUUUGCCUAUGCUAUAGCAGCUGCUGGUGUGGUGCACGCCGUGUCCAACGCCUGUGCUCUUGGGAAGCUGCAGGCCUGUGGCUGUGACCAGAAGCGCCGUGGCGAUGAGGAGGCUUUCCGGCGCAAGCUGCAUCGUCUCCAGCUGGAAGCCAUGAACCGUGGCAAAGGCAUGGUGCACGGGGUGCACAUGGAGCACAUGCCAGCAGAGACCCCUGGUCUCCAGGACUCCUGGGAAUGGGGAGGGUGCAGCCCUGAUGUGGACUAUGGAGAGAAGUUUUCCAAGGAUUUCCUCGAUUCCCGGGAAACCUACAGGGAUAUCCACUCCCGUAUGCGGCUGCACAACAACCGCGUGGGCCGGCAGGUGGUGAUGGACAACAUGAGGAGAAAGUGCAAAUGCCACGGUACCUCAGGGAGCUGCCAGCUGAAGACAUGCUGGCAGGUGACUCCUGAGUUUCGCCUGGUGGGGUCCCUGCUCAAGGACCGCUUCUAUGGGGCCACCCUCAUCCGGCCCCAUAACCGGAAUGCCGGGCAGCUGGAGCCGGGCCACGCUCGGCAUCGCCGCCGGGCUGGCAUCAGCGAGCUGGUUUACUUUGAGAAGUCACCCGACUUCUGUGAGCGAGAACCGGCCCUGGACUCCUUGGGCACUCAAGGGCGCCUGUGCAACAAGACCAGCCCGGGCAUGGACAACUGUGAGAGCCUGUGCUGCGGCCGCGGGCACAACAUCCUGCGGCAGACACGCAGCGAGCGCUGCAACUGCAAGUUCCACUGGUGCUGCUUCGUGGCCUGUGAGGAGUGUCGCAUCACUGAGUGGGUCAGCGUCUGCAAGUAG